UAUUCGGGCUACACCUGUGUAAACAUGUACCAAUGUAACACAGUGUAUUUUAUUCAGUUAUUAGUGUGGCUUGAGCGAUUGUUAAUAUGAUUUCUAACACCUUCGGAUUUAUUAUUCUAAUAAAUUGUUUUAUUUUUGUAACAACUCAAGAAAUAUUUGAAACGGAUGUCAAUAUGAGAAUAGACGCUGGAACACGGACGUGUGUAUUCGAAAAAGGCAACGCCGGACAAAUAUUGGAGUUCUAUUACCAAGUGCUUGACGGUCAACAUGGUGAUUUAGACAUAUCGGCUGAUGUUUUUGACCCACGUGGAAACAGACUUGUUGCUGAUAAUAGAAAAUCCCAAAGUUCUGUUAUUAUACAAUUGGAACACAGCGGAGAUUAUGUUUUCUGUUUGGACAACACACAUAGUUUGAUAAAUUCUAAACUUGUAUAUUUAUCAAUAACAAUUGAAGAUGAGAAGGGUCAGGAGGGUGAAGUAACUGUAGUAGAUGAUAAUUAUGAAGAGGAAAUUUUGGAAUGGGUCGGAAUAGAUGAAAAUGGAGCCAGCUACAGUAUUGAAGUUGAGAAGAUAGUACAGUCACUAACACAUACUCUCAAAAUCAUUGUGAAAGCAAAGCAUCUGUUAGAUAAAUACAGUGCAAAUAAAAGUAGAGAUGUUCAUCUUGCUGCAGAAGACAUAUUUAUUGUUGAUGCUUGGUCGCUAUUUCAAAUUUCUUUUAUGAUGUGCGUUGGCUUCACUCAGGUUUACUUAAUAAAAAGAUUGUUUAACAAACCAUGCGACUACAAUCAUCAUCUUUAAGAUCAAAGGGUGUGAAUACUUUUACGAUGAUUGCAUAAUAUUGAGUUUUGUUAUCUGACAGAAUUUACUUUUAAAUAUACGGAAUGACAUUUU